UGUUUAUUUUCUGACCUUUUUAUUCCACGUGGGAUGCUGAUGUCGAAAGAAGCACACAUUUUGAUUGAUUAAUGGUGUUACAGGGGAUGGUUUCGAAUAGAAUAUUGAUAUUUUAUUUAUGCAAACCCAGUUGUAAUGGAGAGUUACCUACCUAAAUGCUCCAUAAUCACGCAUCAGUGAGAAAAACAACCACUAAUCUAAUCUAGGCUAGUAAUCCUCACGACAACUUCUGAUGAUAUGGAUUCAUCAACGAAAAGAUUAUUUGUUGGUGGGCUUUAUAAUAAUAUAGCGGAGUCAGAACUUCGUGACAGAUUUUCCAAAUUCGGCGAUGUUGAUAAUAUUGAAAUAAAAACCAAGAAAAACAGUGAUGGGGUUCCAGAAAAAACAUUUGCCUACCUUGAUGUCAAUAUUACAGAAGAGAAUUUGAAAAAAUGUUUCUCAGUAUUGAACAGAAGUAGAUGGAAGGGCAGUGAACUGAAAAUACAACAUGCAAAAGCAGACUUCAUGCAAAGAUUGAAGGAAGAAAGGGAGAAUAACUUUGAGAAGGCAGCUAAAACCAAAAACAAGAAAGUGGUGUUCCAGGACCCUCUGGAUGGAGUAACUGGUGUCGAGAACUUUCACAUGAAAGGAGCUGUGCCUGGCACACCAGUUGGUGCAGAAGAUCAGAAUUGGGUGGUUGGAAAGUAUGGCAGAGUGUUACCCAUCAUCAACAUUCGCAGACGAGACAAGAGGAAGAUCAUGAAAGUUGACCCUUCAAAGUUUUGCCACAAUUCUAAGAGGAUGAAAGAAGAUAACAUGGAAGUCUCAGAUACAGGUAUACAAAAUCUGACCUGGUCUAUAGAUACUAAGGACUCGGAGAUGAUCAAACGCAGGAAAGGGGAAUUCCCGACAUGGAAGCAAAAGAAAAAGAAGCGAAAUUCUGAUGCAGAUAUGAAAUUACUGGCAGACUACUAUGAAUCAUUCACCAAAAGUGGAAGUAGACCUGAAAAGACUGACUUUGAGGUGGUUCCAGAAAAGUUCCUCAAAGUCUCUCAAAAGAAAACCUACUUCAGUGAGGAAAAUGAUUCAAGUGAUGAUGGUGUUGAAACUUUUAAAACAAGCACUCCAUUUCCCAGUCCCUUUACCCAAUCACAGCAGAAAGUAACAGUCGAUACAAGAAAGGAUCCCAGUGUGAAGGGCAAAGUUGGCAAUACAGGGAAAAUAGCAAUGUUGGACGAAACAAAGUGUACUCCUAUAGUGAAACAGGUGGGUAAAGGACCAGGAAACAGGGAAGAUAAAGCAUUAACAAAUUCUAAAUCUUCGAGUCCUUCGAAAAAAACGCUUACCCAGGAGUCUAAACAGACUUCUGUACCGUCCACUAUCCCUUCUACCAAUUCCUCACAGAAUACAGUGCCCACAGAAUUUGUGCCUGAUGCACAUACUAGCAAUUCAAAAAAAUCAAAAGCACGGGCAAAAGUAGAUCAACUUCUUAAUCAAUCUAACUCUACAUUAAAUUCAAAGGAAGACUUUUCAAAUGAUUCCCUCAACAAAUUUUCAAACAAAAAGACAGACCGCAGUGAUGUUAACAACAGAAGUAAACCUAAACUGCAAGCAUUUGGUGGAACUAGGCGUUUGUACGACAAUCCAUCUUCAGAUUGUCAACAGAAAGUGGACUCUGCUUCACCAGCAAUUACCUCAGCAUCAGUACCAAAUCAACCACACAGCGAGGCUAUGACAGGAGUCAAGAGAACGCUCUUCCAAAAUUCAAUGUUGAAAACGCCAUCAGAAAAAGAGAAAGAAAUACAGCAGGAUUCUGAUGAAGAGUCUGUUUCAUCAGCUGAUACAGACAUCAUCAUCACCUCGGCUAAGAAGCAGAGAGGUGGUGGAACUGUGAUGGGAUACGGAUCACUAGAAACUCCUGUGUCUCUCCAAACCUCCUUCAAGAAUAGUAUCAGUGAAUAUGGUGGGGGACUGGUGGAUGGGGAGGCUUUCGGGCAAGCUAGCUGGAUGGAACAGCAUGAUUAUGAGUUAGAUGACAGUGAUGAUUCCAAUGAUUUUGAAAAGGUAGCUAAGAAAAUAUUGAAGAACCACAAAGUGACAAACAAUUUUGCUGCAGAUAAAGGUAUGAAAAAUAAGGAUGGUGAGAUAAAGGAAAAGAAAGUACCAAGCCCUGAACUUGAGAAUUCUAAAGAGUCGGACUCUGAGGAUAGUAGUGACGAUGACAACAAUAAUGAUACAACAGGUGAUAGUGACGAUGAUGAUGAAAGUGAUAGUAGUAUUGAAGAUAUGCAAUGUGAUGAUAAGGAUAGUGGAAACAGUGAGGAGGAGGAGGAAAGCGAUGAAGAGGAUAGUGGCAGUGAAGAGAAGAGUGGUGAUGAAAGCAGUGAUCAGAACAGUGGCGAGGAAGGCGAUGAAGAGGACAGUGGAAAGGAAAGCAGUGAUGAAAGCACCAGCAGUGAGGAUGAAAAUACUGAGGUAAACAAAGCUAUAGAGGAAAAUACAGAGGUCAGCAAAGAAAUAAGUGUGAUGAAAGACGUCAGUAAGGAGGCAGGGAAGAACACAAAAAAGGAUAAGAUAGAUCCGCAAGAGAGAACUGAGAAAUCUACUGUAGACAAAAAGGAAAAUAAAGGAAAAACAAAAGAUAAGGUGGACCAGGAAAUGCUAUCUAAAGAGGCCAAUAGGAAGAAGAAGGAGGCACUUCGACUUAAACAGGAGGAAUACAACAAUCGGAAGUCUAUCAUCAAACAGGCGCUGUCGGUAGUGGACAACACAAAGAGAUCCAACAGGAUAGUGUUUGACUCGGAUAGCGAUGAUGCUGCUGCUCGGAAGUCUACAGCUAACACAUCAGCUACUCAAAAGUCUGACAAGAAAGCAUGGGACUUACAGGAGAGUGAUGAUGGAGAUGAAAGUGAAGAUGAUAGCAGUGAAGAGGAGGAGGGGAGUGCAGAAGAAAAGGAUGAAGAAAUCAAAUCUGGGGGAACUGUCACAGCAGAUAAGAAAGAGAAGAAAGAGAAAAAAUCUCUCUUUGAUGAGUCUUCGAGUGAUGGUGGUGACGAUGAUGAAGAGGCCUUUGAAAACAAACCCCAGUUUGAAGGAGAAGCUGGAUCUCAGUUGAUGAAGCUGCAAAUGAAAUUUUCUAGUGACAGCCGGUUCAAACUUGACCAGAGAUUUGCAGAGAGUGAUGAAGAGAAGGAUGAUGGAGAAGGUGAUGUAGAGGAUGUGGAAGACGAGAAAAUCAGAAAUCUGAAGGUAUUACAGGAAGUGGUGGGUGUCCCAGUCACCAUGGUAACUGACAAAAAAGACAAGAUGAAGAAACUAUUUAAGGACAUAUCAGCCCUGCAGUACGACCCUAGUAGAGAAGACCACAAGAACUUUGAAAUCCAGCCUACUCCAGACCAGAAGAAAGACAGGAAAAAGAAAAAGUCAAAGAAACAGAAAGCUGAUGACGAGGAAAUGGAGAAAGCUGAGGCCUUGCCUGUGGUCAGCAGUGAGAAGUUUUAUGAAGUCACCUCCGCCUUAGAAGACGCCUUCAAGAAACCUGAUGACAAUGACAGUAAUACUGGACCAGGUGCUUUCUCACUGUUGGCUGCAUUUGGCAGGAAAUCGGAGGACAAUGAAGAAGUGGAAGAAAUGCAAGAGGAAACUACCGUCCCCACUCCCAAGUGGCAGGGUUUCAAUUUACGAAACAGUAGUGAUGACGAUGACCUUGGCAAUGAUAGUGACGAGGAAAGAGAUGCUGAAGGAGGGCAGGAUUCAAAGAAAGAAGAGGAAAAACCUGUUUUUGCUGCAAAGAGCAAAGAUUCAUUUUUCUUCACAGAAGAUGAUGAGAGGAUUAAAGAGGGGAUAGCAAGCUUUUGCAGACAAGAAGACUUAGAGAAAAUCCGUGAGCGUUGGCAGGAACGAAGACCUGAUCUUAUCAAGGCAUACCAUGCUAAAUACAAAAGAGCUAUGAGAAAUAAGCGGGCACUGGAGAAGACAAAGACGCCUUCAAGACGGAAAUAACAGCAUGUUACCAUAACUUAUUCAAGAUUAGUCUGUCUACAUUAUAAGAUAAGGAUAUUUAGUUGUUACUGAAAUAACGAUGUAAGAAUUUUAUCUUACACUUCUGCUGCAAGUUCCAUUGUUCUGAUUAAAGACUUAUCAAGUGAAUGGUGACGUUAGUGCAAAAGAAUAAAAAAAAAUUAUGCUUGAUCAA